GUUAUUGUUUUGAACAAAGAUAUUUAAUCAUAAAGAAUAUAAACUAUGAUUUGGUAUAUGAAUGUCGUCAUUAUCUUAAUGACAUACAAUAUGAUGGUAGACUGCGCUCCAAGAACCCCUGAAAUUAUAGAAUGGAACGUCGAAAACCGCUUUUGUGGCUCAUCCAUUCCUAUUGUUAUGGGACUAAUUUGCAAACUCCCAGAGUCUAUUCCUGUACAAGUUGAAAAUACUACCAUUAAUCAAAGAAGUCGAGUAAGGCGUGGUAUUGUCGACGACUGCUGUAAGAGUCCUUGUACUCUAAUUUACAUGCAAUCAUAUUGUCACGAAGAACUAGUAAGAAUUAGCACAGAUCAACCAAUUAUCAGGUAUCAUAGAAGUCAAAACACAGCAAUAAUAAAAAAUCCAAAAGAAACAACUUCAACAACAGUAGAAGGUACUAAUAACUAAAAAAACUACAAAGACUCCAAGGUUUAAGAUCCCUUGUUGACAAAAGUACUGUACCAAUGUAUCAUUAAUGGUUUACUUUAUUUAAAUAAAUUAUUUUAACAAAAAAUACAUACAUUUUUGAAACAUUUUACUUCUAUAUUUUUCAAAAAUAAAUAUAUUUUGAAUA